AUGCCUCAUUAUUUAACCAGGACUUUGCAUAGAAAUUACCAGGUUGAAUUGUUGAACGCUUUCACUAAUAAUGAUCCAGAUUUAUCACCACCUAAUAUCAUCGUUCAUGGAUUCAGAAGUACUGGUAAAACUACUACAUUAAAAGAAUACUUUAAUAGUAGGCAUGAAUUGCUUAGCUGCUGGGUUAAUGCUGUUGAGAUGGUAACAGGGAAACCUUUUGCUCAACAUGUAGCUGUUCAAGUUUCACGAAUACUUAAAGAUAAAUUUCCUGGUAUCGCUGCGAAAGAAUAUGAUCCAUUGAGUGCAGAAGACUUUUCGCUUCUAGCAAAGUUCCUCUACAAUACAUUUGCUCAGUAUCAAAACUUGGAUAAACGUUACGGUAUUUAUGUAAUAUUAGAUGAAUUUGAUAAAAUCGAUGAGUUGGAUAUUGAGCUGCUACCAAAGUUCCUAAAGCUUCAUGAACUAAUACCUAACAUAUUUAAGCUGGAAAUUAGGUUUAUCCAUGUAAUUAGUGGUUCUUCAUUUCUAGGUUACUAUUGUAAUUAUAAUAUUCCAACCAUUGUCUUUCCAAUAUACAAUCAAGAUGAAACAUCUGAUAUAGUUCACCACGUAAAGGGGAAAGAACUGGGAUCGUGCCCACAAUUGUCAUCAAAAAUAGAACAGUUUGAAUCUCCAGUGCACUCUCAAAGGUUAUGCAACGAAAUUGCAAAGAAUUUCAUUACACUUAUCAUUCAGGCUUUCCAUUCAUAUACGGGAAAUGACCCGGCUAUUCUAAUAGAGAUGAUCGAGGGCAAGUGGGACAGCUAUGUUGAUUCGAUAACAGAGCAAAACUACAAAGACCCUCCUGCACUGUACAAAGCUAACCUGGAGCUAUUUAAGAAUACUGGUGAUACUCUAAUUGGCAAUGAUGAUGAUAAUGAAAUUGAGGACUAUGGCAACGAAAACCUCAAUAAAACUGAUCAAAACGGAAGCACUUCGAAAUCAAUUACUAAGUCUCAAUUUACUAAUAAUGCAUAUGAGAUUUCGACCAUGUCCAAGUACCUACUCAUUGCAGCCUAUUUGACGUCAUAUUUAAAUCCAAGGUUUGACAGUAAGGUAUUUUCCAAGAAAAGUCACCUACGAGCAGGAAGGUCUUCAUAUGGGCGUCGCCAUAAAAUGGAUACAAACCCACGCUACCUACAACCUUCCCUAUUUUCAUUGGAACGGUUAUUAGCAAUUUUCCAAUCAAUAUAUCCUGUCCAUAUAUCAAAGGAAUUGCAUUCAGAUUUCAUCCAGAAGGACACUCAUAUGAGAGCCAAUGUUGAAGUUUAUGAAAAUCUCUCUGAGCUGAAUUCCUUGAAAUUAAUCACGUCUGCAAUAAACAAGAGCGUUGAUUACUUGCAUGAGAAGGUAAAGUGGAAGGUGAACGUAUCUUGGGAGAUAAUAACAGAGAUUUCAAGGACUGUGGACUUUGACAUUGCUGAGUACUUCAGUGAUAUUCAUGAGUGA